AUGGCAGGAGAACCGUGGAACAGGGUAAACAUUGCGUUUCCCGGUGCCGUGUCUCGUGUCCGUGUCCGUUUCAGUUUAACUACAGAUGCACGCGUUAAAGACUUGUUGGUGGAAAAUGAGAUGGUGCUUAAACUUAUUCGGAGUGAGAUUCUUCAAACGGAGGUACGAGUUCUCUACGAGCUGAUGUACGUCCUGAACAACAGCUCCAGAGGCAACAAGACGUUCAAAGGCGUAAAGCAGGUUGAACAAUGCAUAAACAGGCUGAAGAGCAUGAAGCUUGACGUGGCUCUCCAGGAGCUGACCGAGCUGUGUCCCAACAGAAUUCAAAGGGAACUGAGCAUCAAGGCUGGGGAGUGUGACGUCCCCAGUCAACCCAUGCUGGAGUGGCUCUGUCUCAAAGUGCUGGGAGCCGGCCAGCUGAUGAGCUGCACAAUGAGUCGUUGCAGCAGAGCUUUCGCACUCACAAAGCAGCAGAUGAAAUGGGAGGAGUUUGUAAUCUCGAACAUGGUGAUAACCAGCAUGCUCAGUCGUCUCUGGGUGAUUUUCCGCGGUAUCCUGGUCAGCCUGUCCACUCUGUACCAGCAGCUCCUGGAGCUCAUCGGAGAAGUAGCCAGCGUCGCGCCCAUGCCCUCCCUCAAAGACUUCUCCCUGCCAGCAGAGAUGGCUCAGUUCCUGGGUCCUUCUGAUGCAUUUCUGACCAAAAAGCCAGCAAAUGGUCACCAUGCUAAAUCCGACAAGGAGCAGCAGAAGCAAAAGCAGAGGGGGGAGAAAUCUUCUGUAAAAGUCAAGAACCAGGGAGCGAUGAGGAAGGUCAACGAAGACCUGGGUGUUUCUAUUGAAAGAGAUGUAGGUCUUGACACUGACAUGAAGCCUUUUCCCAAGGUGAGGGAUAUAACUGAGGGAGAAUCCUUCCCACAGAAAAGACAGAAGGCUGACGAGAACCAAAAGUUCCGGAAACGAGUGAGAGCGGCCACUACUUUCACAGACAUGGUGACCCAGCUGGAAGAAAUGAUCCCGUGGUGUAAAUCCCAGAAGAUGGAAAAGGAAAGACGUGUUUUAAACUUCUUGCUUUUAAAGUGCCAAAGGAUGAAAUGCCUCGAGGCAGCGGGUUACAACAUCCAGAGGAGGUUGCGGACCUUUAGACGGGAAGCCUGCUGGGCUUCAACUCCUCAAGGGUCAGUGCCGAGAGCCUGUCGGUCUUCUGCUGCAGAGAGGGGACACGCUCGCCUGAGAACUCGUGUUCAGACACUCAGGAGUCGAUUGAAGUCCUCAACUCUGAGAACUGAUGUGAAAAAGGAGCAGCUGAAGGGACAAAGGAAGAAGACUGAGCUAUCAGUGUCUGGACUGUCGGAGGACGACCAAAUAAACAGGAGUAAAUGUGAGACGACAUCUCAGACCGCCAGCCAUGAUGACAUCGAUGAUAUAUUUGCCUCUGUAGGUUUUUGACGCUUUGGAACAGACACAUCCAAGGAAACAAUUGACAGCUCAGUAUAUGACGCAUGCCGUUCUGUUUCUAAAGGGAAGAUGCCAUUUGAUGAUUGGACAUUGUAUGAAAUGCUAAAUAUGCAGCAACAGUCACUGUAUCACAGAAAGUAACUAGAAGGGGAGAUUUCAUGUUUUAAUAAUAGGAAUUCUAUUCAAGAGGCAGUGACUAAUAAGGCAUUCAAACAUUUCAAAUGGAGAAUAAAGAACAUGUCCUGCUCCUCGGGAUUUUUUAUUUUGAAAUGUUUGAGCACGUCUGCUAAAACAAAUGUGAACACAAUUAAUUAAAAUAUGCUUUUCAAAUCCUUUGACUGUAAACUCCCAUAUACAAGAACAUUGAUUUUUCAUAUUCUAUUAGCUGUGCAAACAAAUAGUUUUCCCUCUGCUUGGUACAUUUGAUGCCAAUAAAUCGUCCAGACUCUGUUAACUAUUGCACAACUAAUCCACAUUUGUGAGGCAUACAGUGCAAAAGGAACUGGUUCAAAGAGACUUUUUCGAAAGACUAUAGGGUCUGACUGGAAUUGUUAUUUAACCCAUUUACAGAUGUAUCCAUUGACUGGAACUUCGCUCCAGCAUGCAUACAGUGAACAGUACUUUGUGUUCCACACGAUGAAGAUGGCACUGCAGUAUAAUAACAUGCAUGUCUUGUGCCCAACGCAAUACAGAUCACUUUUAACGAACCAUGCAAUUCACAAAUGCUUAUUUUAGGCAGUAAAAGCCUCGUGGUAUUUCUGGCUCCACCUGGUGGAGUUGAUAAACGAAUGCAUUUUGUGAUUAGUUCCAGACCGUUGAUUGUUUUCGAGAAUAUGAGAGCAACCUCUCAUCCUUUAAGACAGCGUGUGAAAGCAGAUGUGUCCAUCUUCUCCUUUCACUUGAAGGUGUGCUAGAAACUGAGUGCUGAUAGGAACAGAACACAGUGGCAGUCGUACGGUUUAGCAGCCUAUCCUCUGCAGAGUAUCCUUUGAAGUCAGGUAUAAGAAUGGUGCAGGUGCCACCACAUCCAAAACAGGCAGGUGUCUGGCAGACCAUCGCGACUGUGUGUGUUCAGGACUGGAGGCUUUGUACCAAAUUAGAAGCUACAGGGUUAGUUUUGCUGCAGCCUGUGUUUUUCCUGCCCACCGUGUUGUCAUCCUCUGCUAAAUAAGACACAGUCCUCCCAUCUCCGCAAAUACAACGGUGCAGUUCUCCUCCCCCUCACCGAGCACCGACUGGGUUGAGUUAUGGUCUCGCAUCAGCCCGCCAGCUAUAUUUCUCCAUUUGAGUGCCGAUUUCUGAUUCCUGUGCUUUCUGGGUUUCAUCUAAAUCAAUUAGUCAAGGUAAACUUGUGUACUCUCCUGCAGAGGAAAAGCCUUCAAUGUCUCCUUUUCGUAUAAAUAGGCAUGUAUAUGAAGUCUGACGCUUUCUUUUUUUCUCUGCAUAAGGUUUGAAGGAGUGACUGAGUAUCUCAAUGUGUGCUCUAUUGAACUACCAAUAUUUGACAUAUAUUGUCUUACAACAUAAAGUAAAAAGAAUCAAUUCUUCUUUCCAAUAUUAAGUAAAAAGCACCCUUGUAUAAAUGAAUCUACAAAAACGAUGCAGUAGAGAUGUGUGCCUUGUUGAAAAUUUACAACAUGUAAUACUGAGGAUGAUAUUAUUUUUCAUCCAAUGCAAAAACACUGACUUUGACCUUACUACUUGUAAUUAAGAAAUACUAAAAGUAAAUGAAAUAGCAUCGACUGUCUCCACAUAGUUUGGCUAUAUUUAACUCUGAAAAGACUGCAGGCUGUUGAGGUGACUAAGAAGUGUUAACAACUACAGACCUUACCUCAGCCAGUGGUAAACUGGUGCACGGGGAGAGGCCACAACGUGUUGCCAGUAAGCAGGAAUGAAAUGUAAAAAGCUGACACGUUACUGUCCGUAAUUACAACAAACAGCUCUAAAAAAUAAUCUAAUGUACAGGUAAGACAAACAUGACCCUGUUACAUAAUUGGUUGGCCAAUUUCUGCAAUAGCUCCAUGUCAUCAAUAGUUUAUGUUUUUCUUCAGUACACCCGAAGAGCCGGCAUCAUUAUCUGGUUGGGGCAGCACGUUGUCAGCACCGCCUGCUGCCUCAGAGUAAAGAGAUCAUAGACUGUGAAGCACCCUGUCUGUCUACUGUCAGCCAAGAGGUGUUUAAUAGCUUAUCAUUGUGAAGAGAUGGUUGGCCAGGCUGAGUGGUGGAAUUGUGCAUAUUGUUGUUGAAAUGUAUGGUUCCCCAGGCGUUCUGUGAAAGCAUCAGUUAUGGCCUGUGGGCACAGUAUGACCUAAAACAGGAGAAAUAAUAUAGAGCUGCACUCCGCAAUAUGCUGAUCUUCAGUUUAUUGUAUUCUCACUUUAAUAGCAGAAGGGGAAUAGAGAGCCCAAGUGGUUCAGGUCUAAACGUAUAUGGUUUGGCGUUAAGGAAUUCUCAACAUUUAUAGGUAUACAAAAUCAAUCAGUAUCAAUCAUUAUCUCCACAGAGACAACACAUAAAGUAGAGCGCCAUAGAAACCAACCUAGGGCCUCAAGCUCUUUAGUGCAUUUCAUUACUCAACCUGGUUUCCAAUCUAUCAAUGAUAAAGUAUAAGGGUGUACCAAGGUCAUGAAUAAAGUAUGAAAACUACAACAGGAAACAUGUACGCUCAAAAUGAUCAUUAAAGCCAGAGGGGUACAGUGAAUAUAAAUGAUCCAGCCUUUUAAUAAAGUGUACUCUUUACUAUAGGGGAUUUCAUUCCCAUGCAAUAGUAUGAUUAUGUUUAGAAAUAUGAACCUUAAAGAGAAGAUUUUAAUCUAAUUUUUCAGAAAUCUCUCAUUCAGUGAAGUCUAAAAGAAGUUGUAUCCCUACAUUUAUCGAUGAAAUUAAUUGUCAUGAGUGUAUCUAUGGUUAUUUUGUGUCCAAGAAUAUAUAUGUUGUGUUAUGUUUCAGGACAAUGUCUCCAAACCUGUACUUAUUAAAAAUCUUUUGGGAGA